GCUCCCCGGGGCAUGGGGCGCGCCGCGGCCGCUUGAUCGCGGGCCCGGCCCGGCCGCCCGAGCGCGGCCCCGAACUGGGGAGGGAAACGCGUUCCCGAGGUGCGGCGCGCGCGGGAGGGCCCGGCCGAGGACUGGAGAUGUCCCGUCGGGGCCGCCUCCUGCUCACCUACCUGGUCCCGGCCCUGCUGCUCCACGGGCUGGGAGAGGGUUCUGCCCUCCUUCAUCCAGACAGCAGAUCCCAUCCGAGGUCCUUAGAGAAAAGUGCCUGGAGGGCUUUCAAGGAAUCACAGUGUCACCACAUGCUCAAGCAUCUCCACAAUGGUGCAAGGAUCACUGUGCAGAUGCCACCUGCAAUCGAGGGCCACUGGGUGUCUACUGGCUGUGAAGUCAGGUCAGGCCCAGAGUUCAUCACAAGGUCGUACAGAUUCUAUCCUAACAAUACCUUCAAGGCCUACCAGUUCUAUUAUGGGGGCAACCGCUGUACAAGCCCCACCUACACGCUCAUCAUCCGGGGCAAGAUCCGCCUGCGCCAGGCCUCCUGGAUCAUCCGUGGGGGCACCGAGGCCGACUACCAGCUCCACAAUGUCCAGGUCAUCUGCCACACGGAGGCAGUAGCUGAGCGGCUCAGCCGGCUGGUGAACCGUACCUGCCCGGGGUUUGUCCCCAUGGGCGGGGCCUGGGCCCAGGACGUGCCCUAUGACCUGUGGCGGGAGGAGAACGGCUGUGAGUGCACCAAGGCAGUGAACUUCGCCAUGCACGAACUGCAGCUCAUCCGCGUGGAGAAGCAGUACCUGCAGCAUGACCUCGACCGCCUGGUGGAGGAGCUCUUCCUGGGCGACAUCCACACCGACGCUGCCCAGAGGAUGUUCUACCGGCCAUCCAGCUACCAGCCCCCGCUGCAGAAUGCCAAGAACCACGACCACACCUGCAUUGCGUGCCGCAUCAUCCACCGCUCCGAUGAGCACCACCCGCCCCUGCUGCCCCCCAAGGCCGACCUGACUGUGGGGCUGCACGGAGAGUGGGUGAGCCAGCGCUGCGAGGUGCGGCCCGAAGUCCUCUUCCUCACCCGCCACUUCAUCUUCCACGACAACAACAACACCUGGGAGGGCCACUACUACCACUACUCAGACCCCGUGUGCAAGCACCCCACCUUCACCAUCUACGCCAAGGGCCGCUACAGCCGGGGCGUGCACUCAGCCAAGGUCAUGGGUGGCACGGAGUUUGUGUUCAAAGUGAAUCACAUGAAGGUGACCCCCAUGGACGCGGCCACAGCCUCGCUCCUUAACGUCUUCAACGGGAACGAGUGUGGUGCAGAGGGUUCCUGGCAGGUGGGUGUCCAGCAGGACGUGACCCACACCAAUGGCUGCGUGGCGCUGGGCAUCAAACUACCUCACACAGAGUACGAGAUCUUCAAGAUGGAGCAGGAUGGCCGGGGCCGCUACCUGCUCUUCAAUGGCCAGAGGCCCAGUGACGGCUCGAGCCCUGACAGGCCGGAGAAGAGGGCCACGUCCUAUCAGAUGCCCUUGGUGCAGUGCGCCUCCUCUGCACCCAGAGCCGACUUCACUGAAGACCAGCGUGGGCCCCGGGAUGGCAGCUGGGCCCCUGGGGGCGACACUGGCCCUCGGCUCCUGGCUCUGCAGGCUGGAAUUUUGACUCUGUUGCACUGGAACAUCUUCAGAUAGAAGUUUGCGUAUGAUUCUUUAUUUUUCCAAACCAGGACUCCUUCCAAGGGACAAGUUCUCCUAAUGGGAAGAAAGGAUACUUAUUUUUCUGAUGCACUUGAACGCCUGAAAACUGUCUGCUUUUCUCCAGUGCUUUGACCCCUGUCAGCCCGAGUCUUGCACAGCUUGUUUUCAAAGUCUCUGCUUUGAACUCCGUCCUGUUGUAUCUCUGUCCCGAGCGCCUUUAGGAUAGUAAGUUGCACUUUAAGGCUGCAGAAGGCCUGGGGCCAGUGUGGUGAGUGGAGGGAGUAGGGGGAGAGCUCUGUCCCCUUCCUUUCUUCCCCUGAAUUAUUAUUGUAUUUCUGAGUUGAACUUGGAAAAGCAGAAAUCAAGCUGUCGCUGUCCCUGCCACUCUGCUGCCUUCCUCGGAAACUGUUGUACUGUCUUAGAUUUUCUUGGAUUCCAGUGCCAAGUGGAUUUGGACACGCCAUCCAGCUGCCUUUCACUAAUUAAAAAGAGAGUCAAGUGUAGAUAUUGUACAUAAGAAAAGACACAAAGCUCCCUCUCAUCCCCUGACAGCCUUCCUGCCGACAAGGAGAAAAUGGAGAUUGGGGAAUGUUGUAGAAAAGUGUCUGUCAUUGAAACUUCAAAGGAAUUUAAACUUAUGGUGGUUUUCACUUGGUGGCAAAGGAAAUAUUUGUCAUAUGCUCGUUUGGGAUGAUUGGGGAAUACAGGAGCACUGCUUACCUACCCAGCAGACCUAUGAUCAAGCAGAUAGAGGCAGAAUUGCACAGAAUGGUGACAGCAAGUUCAAUGUGAAUGAAUGAUGAAGUGCCUGUUCAUUUCACAAGUUCCUCUUCAGAGGGUACUUGUCUUGGCUCACAUAGCAUCAGGGGCUAGCGGACAGCUUCAUGCUGGCCUUUUUCUCUCCAAAGAUGAAGAAAGACCACACUUGGUGUGUAAGCACUAGACUGUCCAAACAGCACAAGCAGCAGAGCUGGGUGCGCUGUGAGACCUUCAGCCUGUUUGAACCCCAGGCACUGUGCCAAGCCCCUCUCCCAAGACCUGCCAGUUUGACUUGGCUUUUGUCCUGCUGUGUGCCUUGGCUCUGUCAUGCAGUACAACUCAGGGGCAUCUUACAUGGUCUUGGAGCUUUUUCCACACAGACUUUUCUAGGGCUCAUGCUUUAUAUCCCUGAGUCACGCCCAGGAGUCAUGUCUAGUGUGGUGUAAUCAUGCAACGAUGCCAGACACCAAGUGUCACUGUUGCUAGUGGACACCAAGGAAGGGACCCAAGGGUAACCAAAAGCCCAGAUGUUGCCCAUAGCAAGCAUGGAAACCAUGAUCAAGGUCAAAAGUCAGAGCUGUAUUGAAGAAUUCACUUUAUGAAAUGCUUGCAGCAUUCAGAGUGGUGUUAAGUUAUAAGGAUGGCAUGGAAUACCAGAGUGCUUUAUCUUUAGAUUAUAUUGUAAGUUGUGGUGCAUACUGAGGGGGGUUAUUCAAAUGGAAAUACUAACUUAAUGUCUGCCAAGUUUAAUAAACAAAGAUGUCAAAAUACUCCCAUAAAAAAGUACAUUUUACCUGUGGAUCUAUUUAAUACUAAUUUUGUCUUUAAAGGAUAUAAUAAAAUUAUAUGAAAAACUA